UUCCUUGGGAAUAGCAAGGUUGUGAGGGAGUGGGAAGGGGAAGAACAGGACGUGGAUCUCUCCAUCCAUGUGAGCUGGGCUCUGGGAAUAGCCUCUGGCCCCGCUCUGAAAAGAUCUUUUGAGGUCGAGGAGGUAGAUCAGUCUUCAAAUUCCUCCACCCCGCAACGACGGACCCCGAACCCUCUCCUCAGGUCCACUGUAUCCAGCUCCACACAGAAGUUUCAGGAACUCGGCGCCAGGAAUUCGGAGCCACUCGCCCGACAUGCGGACCCCACAGGGCAAAGAUCACCCAAGCCCUCUCUGAGGAGAGUGGAGCCUUCCGGACCCAAACUGCCUGAGCCGGUGUCCAGAAGAACAGAAAUCUCCAUUGACAUCUCUUCCAAGCAGGUGGAGAACUCCACCUCAGGGUUGACGAGGUUUGGCCUCAAAAGGGCAGAUGUGCUGGGGCACAAACCCCCCGAGCCCACGCCAAGGAGGACUGAGAUCACCCUCGGCAAGCCCCAGGAGCCGGGUCUCCGGAGGGUAGAAGCGCCACCAUCAAAGAUCCCUGAGAUGCCCCAGCGAAGAGCCGAGGUGGCCAAUGUUCCUGUGCCCGACGUGGCCACCAAGCGCGUGGAAAUUCAGGUAGCCAAGGCCGCCGAGGUGCCAGCCCCACCAGCGCGGCAAGUGGAGAGCUCGGAGCCUCCAGUGGCCACCCAGCCUCCCCAGGCAGAGCCAAAGCCACAGCCUGUGCUGAUGGAGAGCCCACCAAAGAGAGAAGAAG